GGUGGGAGUGGGAAAGAUGGCGGCGGAGCUGUCGCUCUGUCCUCCGGGCUGAGGCGUCCGGUGCGUUUCCUGGUCUUGAGGGCGCCUGAGGGGCUCUGCCGCAGCCACCAUGUCGGAGCCCGGCCACCUGGGGGUGAAGCGGGCCGAGUCGGCGAAGCUGCGACGGGCGGAACAGUUGAAACGCUGGAAGGGUUCCCUGACCGAGAUGGAGCCGGUGACGCCCGCCCGAAGCCGGCAUCGCGGCGGGCCCCGUGUCCGCUUCGAGGACGGCGCGGUCUUCCUGGCCGCUUGCUCCAGCGGGGACACUGAGGAGGUGAAGCGGCUGCUGGCCCGCGGAGCCCGCCUCAACACCGCCAACGUGGACGGGCUGACAGCCUUGCACCAGGCCUGUAUAGAUGAAAACCUGGACAUGGUAAAGUUCCUGGUAGAAUAUGGAGCCAAUGUAAAUCAACAAGAUAAUGAGGGCUGGACCCCACUUCAUGCAGUUGCAUCUUGUGGCUAUCUGAACAUAGCAGAAUACUUAAUAAGUCGUGGAGCCAACGUAGCUGCUGUGAACAGUGAAGGUGAAGUCCCAAGUGACCUUGCAGAGGAAGAAGCCAUGAAGGAUUUGCUGCUGGAACAAGUAAAGAAGCAAGGGACAGAUCUGGAUCAGGCAAGGAAAGCAGAAGAGCAACAAAUGUUGCAGGAUGCACGGCAGUGGCUUAACAGGCGGAAAAUUGAAGAUAGAAAACAUCCCCGAACUGAUGCUACUGCUCUUCAUGUAGCUGCAGCUAAGGGCUACUCUGAAGUCAUGAGGCUUCUGAUUCAAGCUGGGUAUGAUGUAAAUGUCCAGGACAAUGAUGGCUGGACUCCAUUACAUGCUGCUGCACACUGGGGAGUGAAGGAAGCUUGCUCUAUCUUGGCUGAAGCACUCUGUGACAUGGACAUCAGGAACAAGCUGGGUCAAACACCAUUUGAUGUGGCUGAUGAGGGACUGGUUGAACACUUAGAGAUGCUGCAGAAGAAGCAGAAUAUGUUGCGUAGUGAAGAGACAAGAAACAAGCUAAUUGAAGCUGAUAUAAAUGGCAAACUUCAAAGUGGACUCUUCAGAAACAAAGAGAAGAUUCUUUAUGAGCCAGACACUCUGAAAUCCCUAGACCAUGAAGAACAUAAAGAAUCCAGUAGCUCCAGUUCUGAGGAAGAAGCUGAGGAAGAUGAUGUUUCAGAAUCAGAUACUGAAAAAAAGGCAGAGAGAAAGGAAGAGUCUCUUGCUAACCACUCCAGUUAUGCGCCCCAGACGCUCAUCACAGAACAAGUACCUCCACCUGAACAUAAUACUUUCACUAUGGCUCCUGUCAGAAAAUUUACUACUUCUUUGCUCAACAAAUCUGAAGAACAAAAGGAUGAAUCUCCCUCUUCUUGGAGGCUAGGUCUACGGAAAACUAGCAGUCAGAACACAUUAAGUGAAGGCACUGCUCCUCGUGAUAUGCUAAAAGAUAAGGGAGGCUCAAUUUAUCGCUCUUCUUCAACUCCUCGGAUUUCUGCAUUAUUAGACAACAAAGAAAAGCAGGACAAGGACAACAAAAUUUAUUUUGCUUCAAUAGCCCCUCGAAGGUUAAAUAGUACAGGUGACAUGGAAGAAAAAGAAAACCGAGAAUCUGCUGUUACUUUGGUACGGAGCGGUUCUUAUACGCGGCCGUUAUGGAGGGAUGAGCCAAAGGGAAAUGAAGCCCCUGCAACUGGUGCACCUUCCACCUAUGUAUCUACCUACAUGAAAAGUGCUUCAUUUGGUAGAAGUAGUGACCUCAGCAGUCCCUACAUUUCAGCUAAUCGCAAUGCAUCUCCUGCUACCUCACCCACUGUCCUUGGUUCACCUACCUCAUUGGGCACAGAGGGUCAGCUUGCCUCUUGCCCUGCAUCUGUCAAUUCAAAUACUACAGCACCAGACCGACAGUUUAAGAGAGCCCCAUACAGGCAACAAACAGACCCUACUGUAGAGAAGAGCACAGAAGGCAUCUCUUCUAGCAUUCCAUUAAGUGUCAUAACAAAUCUCUCUGUACCCAGUACUGCCAAUGGUAUCGCAACUGCCAACUCUAAUUCAACAACUGGAACAGAGUCCUCUUCUGGAGAUGCCAGGGAUCGCAGAAGGUCAUAUUUGACUCCCGUGCGGGAUGAAGAAGCAGAAUCCCUAAGAAAGGCACGAUCCAGACAAGCUCGCCAGACCCGCAGGUCUACGCAGGGUGUAACACUGACAGAUCUUCAGGAGGCAGAAAGAACCUUCAGCCGAUCUCGGACAGAGAGGCAAACUCAGGAACAGCCAAGUGAAAAAUCUGAAAGAACUGAAACAACUGAAGAAAGCAGUGAGAAAGGAGAUGAGACUUCAGCAAGGGAACCCAGGGAGACUCUCUCACGAUGGAGCAGGAACUUGGAUGAAGAGUCUGUCAAUCGACGAUUGAGAUGUCCAGCGCCAGACAAGGCUACAAGCCCCAUCUCUCCAACAGUAACUCCUUUUCUUUACUCAAGUUCUCAUGUGCCCAGAACAAGUAGAUCUGUAGCUUCGGACUCGCUGAGCCCAGCAGACUUCCAAAGCACAUCUGUCGGCGACAUGGAGAAAAAUGAAUAUGAACAUGAGGAUUUGGAUGACAGGUCUUCAAACAAGCAGUCAGUUUGGGAGAGGCGGCGACCGAAAGAGAGGCGAAGAGGCACAGGAAUCUCUUUUUUUACAAAGGAAGAUGAAGAAAUGGGUGAUACUGAGGAAGUAAAGGAGCCUAGGCAUGAAAGACUUUCCAGGUUGGACACUGCAAGUUCAAGUGCUGGCACCAGCGAUAGCUAUGGUGAUCGGCCCUCAGGCCGCAGCACUGCCUACACCAGGAGGGAGAAUCGCCUGGCUGCCCUCAGCAGCAGAACAGAGGAUGACAGUAGCAGGGACUAUAAAAAACUCUAUGAAAGUGCCCUAUCUGAAAAUCAAAAAUUGAAGUCAAAACUACAAGAUGCCCAGAUGGAGCUUGCUGACAUCAAAUCAAAAUUGGACAAAAUAGCCCAGCAGAAGCAAGAAAAAACCUCUGACCGCUCAAGUAUGCUUGAAAUGGAGAAGCGGGAAAAGCGAGUCCUUGAGCGGAAACUUUCUGAAAUGGAAGAGGAAAUGAAGGUUUUGACAGAUCUGAAGUCAGACAAUCAGCGGCUGAAAGAUGAAAAUGGAGCUCUGAUCCGAGUCAUCAGUAAACUCUCAAAAUAGUACUGAGCAGAGGAUGGACAUGAAGAGAGGACUUCUGUGCAAAAGCUGCCAACCCGGCCACUUGCUUCUGAUCCUCCAGUUUAAAGAAUUUCUGGAGUUUCUAAGAUGGAUCAGCUGGACACGCCCUUCACUACCUUGCACCUUGCUGGGCUUUCUAAUAUUGCACAAUGCCCAUCACUUUGCCCCCAAAUGCAUGGCAUACCAACCACCAAUUUUAUUAUUUUUAGAAUGUUGAAAUAAUCCCAUCAUUCCAAGGGACAAAGAAUGGGUUAGUUUCCUCUGAGCUACCCCAACAAUCUGCUGUAAGCCCUAUUUCCGUCCACCAUAACCCAAUGGAAAGAAACAUCUACUGUAAUAAGUUAUAUGGAAAUGACUAUAUUGUGUCAAUCCAACAUGUUUUAAGGUAGUGGAGUAGGGGAUAGGGAAUGAGACUGGGAAUUGUCUUGAAAAUGUGGUUUCCCUUCUGGAAUUUGGGAGUCUGCAAUGCUGUGAAUGCCACAGUGACUUAUUUCUCUUGAGAGUUUAUGACAACAGUUACUUGGCUUGGAGAUUCAGGUUCUCUAUGUGACUCAGUAGCUGACUGACUUAUUUAAUGUAAAAUUUUAAAUCUAACUUAACUUUGGGAUCUAAUUUAGUGGUUCCUCUCCCUUUGGUUUUCUUUUCCUUUGCAGCCCACUUCAUUAUGCUUUGUUCUGUUUCUUUUUAUGAUAACCUUUUUUUGGCAGAGUUAAAUAAUACGGGGGGGGGGGUAGUCUCCACCUUCAGCUAACAUUUUGCCCCCAUGAUUCUCAUGAGAAGCUGUUUGCCAGCAGAAAUGGUUUACCAGGUCCCAAGUUCUGUGAAUUACCCAUACAGGCAGAAAAUAUACACAAGACACCAACACCCCUUUAUUAGCAAAACACCACAUUCUUUUUUUGAAACAAAACACUGCAUGAAAAAAUCCUUUGAGUAUCUGGUCAAACAUGUUGUAUAACCAUGAUAAAUUUUCAGUGGACCGUGAAAUCUGUUGAAGGUAUAAAGUGUUUGGGGAGUUUAAAGCAGGAGAUGUAGACAGACUGAGUAGAGAUGUUUAUACUGUGGGAAAUGAGGGUCCUCAAUCCUGAUGGAAGGACUUGAACAUGCUGCAUAGUAUUUGAUAACAACAGUCAUUUUUCCUGUUGUAAAUUCAUGUUUUAUAUCUAGUAAGGAAGUUACCAGCAGGAUUAGCAUUGCUCAAACCCUGUUUUCUGUGCUUACUGUAAAUGAAUCAGUUGACUAUCUUGAAUUCUCUAAAUGUGACCAUUUAAUAUGCCAUGUUUUGCUGCUUACUACAGCUCUUAAGAACCAGCCUUUACCUGCAGAUCCAAGUGAGAAAAUUUCUGACCUAUAACGUCAUCUUGUUCAGUGGGCUCUCUCCCCGCCCCCAUCCCCCCUGAUGUUCUUCCUCUUCCAAGGCAUGCUAUUGUUUUAUGAACCUCUUUGUGUCUGCACUUCAGAUACCUUUGUUUUGGUUUAACUUUCUCACUACUGCUUAGAAACGAACCCGUGAGAACUGAGAUUAGCCACUCACUGCUAGAUUUAAGUUAGUUAUGUCAAGGUAAGACACUCCCAGCAGUCCUCAGUGGGGCAAAAUGUCCAUCUAUAUUUGCUCAACUAUGAAUUACCUUUUAGACUAAAGUAUGGUUGGUUUUCACCAUCUUUGGAUUUUUCCUAUCCAGAUGUGUACAUUCCCAUCAACUGAAUAGAAUUGGAACAAAUUCUCUUUAAGAGCCAGUCAUCCCCAUCUCUGGAUUGGCAAGUGGAGUUUUUCCUGUCCUUUGGUUUCAAAUUCUAGUAUGAUGAACAUUUUUGCAUAUAAAUUUUGAACAGAAAGAAUCUAGAACCUGUGUUUUUCAGCAAACCAUUGGUCUCAUGAGCCCAGGAUGUUCCCUUGCAUUCAAACUCUUUUUGAAGUACACACAUUUAGAUUUUUAGAUAGUUCUUUAUAUUUCUACUGAUAUUAUCCAUUGCUCUUGUAAACCUACCUUUGUAAGUUUAGAGUUUUAAAUGCUUACCUUACUUCCCACUUUUUGUCCCAGACCUAGGUAACCUAGGAACUAUUACCUGUCUUUAUGCAGUUAGGGGCUAAUGUAUGUCCUGACCUCUCUGUGGGUGAUACUUUACAAGUCUCAGGCAUGCUAGCUCAUUAUCUGUCAGAUUUUUAUAGGGGCGUGGGAUUUCAGCUGUUCUGGUUUAGACUUUGUCAUAAACAACCAGUUAGAAUCCAUUAUGUUGUGAUGAUCCAUAUUCUGUGUAGUCAGUGAUGAUCCAUAUUCUGUGUAGUCAGUUCCUACUGGAAUACGAUUAAACCAUUCAUACAGUUUCAUCUGAAUGACCUUAAUGGCAAAACUGUACUAGCACAUAUAGGAUUUAAGAAACAUGAAAGUUGGUGCGAUAUGAAGGAAAAACUUAUAAACUUGCACCCUUCCUAGGUUGGAAAUUGUGUGAACAAAUUAAUCCAUUUGUCUAGCCAAAAUACUAACUUGCUGCUAGAGAAAUAAUGGCAUCAAUGUAUCCCAGAGGUCAUUGUUGGCAAUUAUCACACACCUUGACAUUGUGGACUGCAAGGUAUGCAUUCUGAUACAAUUUUCCCUGUUCGGUGCUCAGCUUUGUCUCCCUUGGUAAACUAUCUAGGGCGUCUCCCAAGUAAAUCACUUGAGAACAUGUUUUUGUUCCAGCACUAAAAUAAACAAUGAUUUUAAUAGGGGUUUUAAAUGAUUGAGCAAACUUUUCUGAUGAAGUUAGCUCUCACACAGGCAGAUUUGCCUCUGUUUUUAAGUAAAUUCAGAGAGGUAAAAUUGUUACUGGAUAAUGAUGGCUUAAUAUUGGUAAAUUUUAGUGUUCAGGAGAAUUUUAUGUAACAGUAUGAUUAUGGAGUAUACUAGAAUGUUAUUGAAAGCUUAAUCUGAGUGUGCUAUAUGGGCAUUCAGGCUAUGGACACGGGAAAGGUUUUCCUUAAACGUCUCGGUGGAGCCUUCUGCUGUACUGCUUUCUUACCCUUAAAAGCUUUUAUAGCUAAGAUGUGCAUCACAAGCUGUAUGCAUGGUCUUAUAAACCUCUUCCACAGUAAAGCUGAAUUUUCUCUGCAACUAUUUAGUUGAAUUAGGAAGCCUCACUGAGAGUAAGGAAGAAAUAGGAACAGCUUUGUUGCCCAUAGAUCAUAAACAUAAGGAGCAGAAUUGCUGGUCAAAGCAAAGUUUCAGGUGGAGCUGGAGUCAUGCAGAACUAAACAGAAAGAAGUUUGUAUAAGGAAGUCUCAAGAGCUUUUUGUGACUGACUUGCAUUAAGGGGGGCUGUGAUGUAUUUUAGAAAUAGGAGUGUAUAGUUGUGAUAGUGAAUAAAGGCUGAGCAGUUAGUGGAAAACGUCAAAUAAGGAAUACAGGUAUAAGUGGAAGAACAAGUAUGUUUUCAAAGUGUCUUCAGCUAUGUCUAAUGACAGUUGACCAAGUACAGUGUAGUAGCAGCUCUCAUCAUAUCUGUAUUGGAUUGCUGUUAAUAAAGGAUUUAUGGACAAGUCUAGGGAACUGAACGGAUAUGUUUCAACCAGUCACUGAAUGGCAAACCUGUAAGAAAGCAAGUGUUAUGAGUGUGCUAUGUUCUGUCAAAUAACGUCAACUUGGUUGAUGGGGUUUUUGUCCAUAUGGAGUUGACUUUAUUUGAGGUCAGCCAUAUAAAAACCUGACAGCAUAGUAAUUACUAUCUUAUCACUUCCUCCUUACACUGAUAUAGGUGAACCCCCACCAUCAGUGUGGCUGUUCAUUAGUAAUUGAAGCUCUUAUUCCCAUGGAGUCACAAGGAAUUAUAAGACUAGCUAUAGUUGUGCCAUUUGCUUUAUGUAACAGGAAAGUCAGGUCUGUUUCUGUCUGAAGAAUAGGACAAUCUGAAAGGCUCAGAAUAAAGUAUAUUGUCACUGUUGCCUCAAGUGAAUUCCCAGGCUAAGGUUAAGCUUAAUGAGUGAUCAUAAGUGAUACAAUGAAAGUGUAGUCAAUUUACCAAUUUAGGAGAAGAAUACAACAUGAAGAGUCUUGCUUACCACAUAACUACUAGCAUUGUUUUUUAUAGCUAGUAGUUUUUAUAGUUACUUGUGAACAUACACUUUCAAUCCCACCUUGGAUUUUGACUCUUUCCUAAUGUCUUUCCUGUAGUUUUGUGUGCAUCAGUAGCUGAAAGUGAUUCUGCUUUGAUCAGACUUCUCAGGUAUUUUGAAGCCUCCCUUCCUUUCUGAGAUCAUAGUUCUGUCACUUGCAUUGCACCUUUUAUACAACCCUUCCAAGUGUCCUGAAGCUGUGCUAUGGAUUUGCUGUAGGUCCCUUUCCUCCAUGCCUUCAGCUGAAGCAUCUGACACAGUAGCCUAUCUAAAGCACAGGGCAGCUCCUGAAUCCAGCACCUGUGUAUGUAACUCCUACUAUCAGAUAUAGGGAAAAGGAUGUAAAAUUCUCUUGAAAGAUAACUUCUUUACUUUAAGCUUUCAAAUCCCAGGGGCCUUUUCUUGGAUUGCAUUAGGCUUGUAUCACAUUUGCCUUCAUCCAUGCUUUUAAAAUACUUUUGUGUGACUUGACUAUUUGAGACAGGCAGCAUGUCUCAAGAUGAGUUCCAUACCAAGGGUACCCCUGAACAGCCCGCAAGUGUUGGUGCUUGAAAUUAGCUAUGUCCAUGGUCAGUUCUUUACUUCUCUAGUUUCUUCCCAUUAUGCUCAUUUCCUCUCAAUUUCUGAGAUGAGUUGGUAAAUACAUCUUUUUAACUGUCCUUAAUAAAACUUUGCGCAACAACAGAGCCUAACCCAUUGCUGCAAAACCUGUUGUGCUCCCCACCCCCUCACUGCACACCCUUCGUUCAUGCUGUUGAAGAUCCUAGCAACAAGAACUCCCUUUAAAUGUUGACUCCUGGGGAAGAGAGUGUGGUGUUCUGCUGUUGGCUUGCUAACUUCCUGAGCAGCAAGUAUUAUGUAAUUACCUAUUUUAAGGAGUUUUACAGAUUUGUGUAAAUACAGUACUUGGAGAAAAGACUAGCCUGUGAGUGGUGGGAAAGAAUGUAUUUUUAUGCAACUUUUUGAGUGGCCUUUCAAACUUUGAGAUGAAUGAUUUUUGUUUUACUGAUUGUUAUAUAGCGUUUAAAGUAUUAUGUUUGAAAGUUUGGGAAUAAUAUUCACAGCUAUAUGAUGCUUGUAAACACAACCGUAUUUAUAAAUGAAUAAAUAAGUGCUUUAACACUG